AUGCGGUCAGACCAAGGGAUUCGCAUAGUGGACGAGAUAGUACGGAGAGAUGCCGCCUUCUGUCAGGGGUUGCUGCACUCGCUUGGCAUCAAGAACGACACGGCAGAGGUGCUGCUGUCACGUCAAGGUCUCGAGGAACUAUGCGACAUGUCGCAUCUCAAAUGCCUCGAGGCGCUUUGGAUCAACAACAACAAGCUGAAGUCGAUUCGCGGACUAGACAGCAACGUACAGAUCAAGGAUCUCUACGCAUCUAGCAACCUCAUCGACACAUUGCAGGGCUCCUUGCGCCACCUUAAGUACGUCCGAAUCCUCUCGCUCAACAAGAACAAGCUUGCAGAUCUGGACAAAGUGCUUGCAGCGAUCUCACACUUGACGAGCUUAGAGGAACUCGAUCUCUCCGCAAACCCCGUCGCUAACGAGCUUUUUUACCGCGAGCGCAUCAUCUACACCUUUCCUAAUCUUUUGGUCCUUGACCGCCACAUGGUGACGCCAACCGAGCGUGAGAGCGCGAGGGUUCACUUCGAGGGGAAGGUCUCGACCAACUUGAGCUUCAUGCGCACAAAAUCCUUGUGGAAGAACCCGCCACGACAGAAGAUCGCCUCGCUGUCCAUCCUCGCAAAGGAGAUGUACCGGGAAAUCGAGCAGAGGAAAACUAGACAGCAUGGAGACCAUGCUUCGCCAGGUCAAGCAGCUCCAGCUGAGCCACGACCUGCAACAAUGCAUGCAGGAGGAGGAGGGGUGAAGCAUGAUACCUUCAAGUUCAAGAGAUUUGUGUCACCGAGCUUGUCGCUCACCAGGCCUCAGCUUGAGUUGUCCUCUUCGCUCUCAUUGCGGACGGUCAGCAAGAAGCGGGCAGAAGGCAUCACCAUUGACGAGAGGCGAUGGAAACUUUACCAGGAGAGAAAAGCGUUGGAGCAGCAGCCCACCAGACUGGAAGAAAGCGAGUUGAUGAUUUGA